AUAUGGCUGGCGGCUGCUUUUCUGCGAACUCAAGGUAACAAAAUGGAACGUUUAACAUUGCAACCGCGCCCAAAAACAGCAGAGAAGGAAACAUGCUUGCCGGCAGGUGAUGGAUUGCCUUUUUGGUCAGAGGUGCCACUGUUUGCAAAAUUACCGGUAUAUCCAAAUCCAAAAGGGUCUUACAAAUUGUGUACGACUGGCUUAUGUGAACCGAAGCAUACAACGGCACAAAUAGACUUCGACCUCACUGACCCUUACGGUUAUGUUGCAUUCAGUCAAUAUGAACCUUUACACGAUCCACAUCUACGCAACCAUUUCAAUAUUCCGCAGACGAGGCGACAUUUGGUGAGGAAUGGAUAUAUACACGACGGAAAAGUGGUGUGUGACCUUAAAGAAUUUAACAAAUAUAGACAAUACCUUCGAAAAAUUUGUCUUCUUGAAUUGGAAUACGAGAAACAGAAAAAGCAAUGUAUGGCGGAUUCAAGAAGAAGUGAUUCGAACGAUCUUCAAGAGAGCUAUACAAAGAAAAGAUUAGAGAUGGUGCAAAAACGCAUGGAAGAAUUAAACAAAUUGCGACGUCAAAAAUAUAAAAGAGAGUGUCAAAGUAAAACAGCGAGACAAAGGAAAAGGCUGGAUGAACUAGACGGGGAAAAGUCAAUAAGAGACGCUAGAAAUAAACAGCGCGAGAGGAAAAGGAAACACACACUUCAACAACACAAGGAGAUGAUUGAAAAAAGAAACAAACUGUUGAUGAGACGCUGGAAAACGCAGGAGCGAGAGCGUCAGCAACGACUUCAAAACGCCAAACACAAACAACUGAUGGAACAGAGGCAAAAGAUACAAGAUUCAUGGGAGUCGAGAAAGAGAAGUCAGGAAGAGAAACUAUCUAGAGAUGCCGAGGCAUUAGUUCGCAUUCAGGAACAUAAAGACAAAAGUAUUGCUGAAAGGGAAAGGCGCACGACUGUCCAAAGACAAAAGCUUCAGGAUAGUUUAGAGAAAAUCAGACAGAAAAUGAAACAGGAACAAGAGGCCAUUGAAAGAAAACACGCACGGCGUCUUGCAGAAAGAUUAGCUCUCGCAGAUAUCAAAAAUAUGGCACGGCGUAAUGCGAAGAGACGAAGUCGAAAACCACAGUUCCUCAGCAUGUGGGGUAUUGUAUCAAGUCUUAGAAGAAUGGAAUUAUCUAACUUGAAAGAGAAGAGAUCAGAAAGAUUUUUACUAAUGCUGACUGAUGCAUACGAUGAAAUAUCAAUUUUCAUUGAUGAGACAACAUCUGGAGACGAGUUUGAAGACACUUCCGCCAACGAGGAAGAACUGUUCCAGCUAAAGGCAAGAGAAAUUGUAAUGGAUGUAUACAAUACUGUUAAACAAGAAUACUACAGUGAAAUGUUACCACUUCCAGAUGACGAAGAUUACGAUGGUAGUGAAGCUAUAAAAGUGUAA